AUGACACCUGGAGCCGCGGAGGAACAUGCAAGUGUAAAUCAAAACGCAAUAUGGAGAGUCAUCAACGUCUAUCGCGAGAAGGAGGAUGUGGAUCGGCCCCAACCCGAGGGUCUCCAAUGUAUUCACCGUCGACAUAUUGCGCACCCGCGUGGAACGUGGUGCGGUUCUUCCGGCGGGCAUACCGCUGCUCGAGCCGGUAAAGUUCAAGCUCUUUACAUAAGGAUUAGCAGCGUGGAUUGGGAAACAUGGACUCCCAGCGGCCUGGGUGAUGACACUCUCAAAAGCGUACUUGAGGAAAAGCACCGCCGUCCCGUGUCAGACGUCGUGAUCCCCUCUUCGAAUCGUCUUGAUAAAUUGAUGCGUAGAUUCCACUGA